GUUCUCAUGACAAGCACUAACCAUAAGCACUAACUACACUAAUCCAUGCCACUUCACAGGAUUCAGCCGCCCCAUCAGCAAGGCUAUACAUCCCGUACGACAUAUAACCCCUCGAAACCCCUCGUCUGUCCUGUUCCCAAGCCACCCACCAACUCAUUCCGCCAAUAGAUAUCAUCACCAUGGAUGUCCACGUUAUCUCCAAGCAGAACCCCGACCACCAUGCCACCUUCCAGCUCCCCGAGCCGACGGAACCACUUACGCCUUCCUCCGUCCGGGUGCACGCCUCCCUCAUCGGCCUGACCUCCAACAACCUGACCUACGCCAUGCUUGGCAGCGCCUGGAAGUGGUGGGACACAUACCCAGUUCCCCAGACCGCGCCGGCCCCCUACAACGACCCAGCCGCCUGGGGGAUCGUGCCCGCCUGGGGCUACGCGACCGUUCUCGAGAGUACAAUCCCCGAACUCCCGGCGGGAACAUCCAUCUUCGGAUACUGGCCGGCGUCCGGCCACGCGGUGGACCUCCAAUUGACCCCCGGGACGCCGCACGACGGUCACUGGACGGAAGUGUCCCCGCACCGCCGGAGUCUGUUCUGGCUGUACAACCAGUACACCUCCGUGGUCGACAAAACGACAACUAAAGACCCCGAGACCCUGGGGUGGGAAUGCGCCGUGCGGACGAUCUGGACCUGCGGGUAUCUCCUCAGCGAGUACGUUUUCACUCCGGACCCCGCGGCUCAUCCGCCACUGCAUCCGUCUCCCGGCGCGUCUCCGGAGGGGGGAGAGGCGAAGUGGACCGCCGCCGAGGACGCGGACCUCUCCCACGCCGUCGUCAUCAGCCUGGGCGCUUCGACGAAGACCGGUCGCUCGUUCGCGCACAAUCUCGCCUGCAGGCCGGCUGGGACGGGGCCCCUGGCCUUCCUUCAGAUCACCUCGGCGCCGGCCGCGAUCGCGGACGCAGCGAGAAAGCUCGCUCCGCCGUUCCCCACCAAAACCGUGUCUUACUCGGAAAUCGCUGGGGCGGCGGCGGAGGAGUGGCUGGCCAGCAAGCAGGCGUCCAAGAUCGUCCUGAUCAAUUUCGGUAGUCGAGAUGGCGGGGUUGAGCAGGUGUUGGGCCUGAUCCAGAAUAAUCCGGCCUUAAAGGCCGCCAAGCUUGUUUUCAUUGGCGUGGGACUCCAGCAGAAGGUUUAUACGGGGGAAGAGCUCGUUGGCCUGGGCACUGUCGCUGCCCAAUUGGGUAUCGUUCAGCUCAACACUUCAUCCAUCAUGGAAGCGGCUCUGGCCGUUGUAGAUCCAAAGCGAUUCUUCGAUGAAGUGGAUGAGCGCUGGAAUCACUGGCUGGUCAAUCGGGAAUCCGCUGCCCCUGAUCUGCGUCUGGUCUGGGGCAGAGGGGUUGUUGGUGGACAGGGCUUGGAGGGAGGCUGGGAGUCGCUUUGCAAGAGUCAGCUGAAACCCGAAGAGGCUUUGGUUUACCGUCUGUAUGAUGGAAAACAGGCUCGCCAUGUCUGAAGCGUUCGAAUCUACCCAGAGAGGAGAGACCUAAAAUUGAUCUAUUCUUUAGCUUGGUAAGAAAGAGACGAUCUGGACCGGGAAUGCGGACCAAUCAUCGGUCUGUAGACAAUACCC